AUGGAGUCGAAUACCAAAACACCCACGCUAGCGACGACGAUAGCGAGGGCGAGCUACGGAGUGGUGGUUCGGGAGGUCUACAAGCCCGAAGUCCAUUACAACGAGGACAGGGAGACGGACGCGUUCGAUUCACGCACGGUUUGGGCGAUGCAUCAGAUACAAUGGUUGAUACGCAAGGGAGAUACAAUCGAUCCGAACGAGCCCCUGACCAAAACAUUCGAGAUCAGGCUUUCAGCAGGUGACACCACCCGGUCUUGGAACUCUACGAUUGUGAUGUCUCCUAACGAACCAGAGUUUCUACCCCGAAGCCGAAAACAUCCGGGAGUUGUCACGCUCUGUGAUAUCAAGAGCAAUCUGACUGGAGUGGAGGAAGCGAAAUUUAUACUCAAGAAGAAGAGACGGCUAUGCUUGCGGCCGGGGUACAAGUUCUACGUCUGCCAGUUUGACGUCAAGGUCAUUGUGGCUCCGGCAGACUUGAGAUUCGAGCUGUGGUUUGAUGGCGAGAAAUUUGCCGGUAAUCACGAACCAAUCGCAAUAUCGUGGGAUGAGAAUGGCACCAAGGUCAAGACGGAUGAAAAAGAAAUACGCAUGUAG